AUGGCUGCUUCCUCUCGUCAAGGAAAUCAACAAGUUGAACAACAAACUCAAGUUAAUGAGUCUGCUUCAACCAUUCCUCCGUCAGAUCUUGCCGAACUCAACGCAUUCAUCGAUUCAACCCUCGAACACCAGUCUCCAUCAGUCAUUGCCGCACUCGGCACAGACAAUGACAUGGCCCUCGAACCCGAAUUUCCGCUGGUCAAUGGAGACCAGCACGUUCCUGACGUCGCCGCGUAUUUUCAGUCGACAAUGUCCGUUCCUAGAAAGGCUCCUACCUCAAGUAAUAUCGAACGAAAGCGCAAUGCUUCCGUCGCAUUCGAGGUUGACGAAUACAAUGACGAGAAUGAUGACUGGGACACGGAUGAUGACAUGGACAAGGAUGAUGAUGAAGAGGUCACAGAUGAGCCCGUCACGCCAAAGAAAAGAGGGUACCAAUUGAGAAAAGCCAAGGACGAUGUCACCCGCGUCAAACCUCCUUCCAAGCAUUCCAAACGAAGGGGUGCAGUGUGGCAUCGCGAGCGCAGAGAGGUGGAGGAUGAUGACCGGAAGAAGCUGUGUGAGAAGAUUGACGACGACAUUCUGCAGCAGGUUGACGAUGCAGGAGGGAGUACGCCGGCGGGACGGGUCUUCAGAUCUGCUCUUCUGAUGAUAGAGCGAUUGCAGCAGGCGGAGAAAUGA